AUGAAGAAGUAUUUACAUUUUAUUCCAGGAGGUUGUGGUGGUGUCAAGAUCUUACGUGAAUUGAGUUCUUUGCUUUUUAAUAAUACAGCAGAUGAAACAGGUCUUUUAUCAGCUGGUAACGGUGAACGUUCUCUCGGUGGUUGUGGCGGUGGAGAUAGUGAACGUCGUCGUGUAGAAGCCGACGGAGGCGAUGAUGAUGUAUUUGGAAUGGUUGAUUUAAUUGGUAGUGGCGGUGGUCUUUUAUUUGUUGGCGGGGGUGAUGAUGAUGUAGAAUUAGUAGUUGCACGUGCCGGAGCUGGCGGUGGUACAGGUGAUGCUUUCGAUGUGCGAGAAGGCAGUGGUGGACCACGAUUUGGCAAUGCAGGUGGUGUUGUUGAAAUCGAAGUGUCUACAUUAGAUGCUAUGGUCUUAACAAGAUUCUUUGAAACAGUAUUUUUAUUUAAUGUAACAGGAGGAAUAACUAGGCUAGAUGCGCGAUUAUCACCACUCGGAGCCCUUGGACGUCCACCUGGUAAAGGAGGAGUUACCAUUUUCUUUAUCAGUUUCAACUACAUUAUUACGACUCUUCAAUUUUGGUACACCGCCUGCAAACAAGCCACCAAGGCCAACAGGCGUGGGCACAUUGGCACUGCCACCGUUGCCAGCAGACACAGAGCGGCCUUUAGCACUACUAGUUGUAACUGA